AUGUCUAAUAAGGGAGCCACUAAGAAAACCGAGCUUAAAGAUGACGUCAAGACACGUACGCGAUCGAGAUCGAAGAAUCUACUUGGCGGCGAGAGCAACGUGGAAACGUCGAAAAAAUUGGAACCCAACUUCCCGAGGAAGUCGCAAAGUGUUGAGCACAAGGGAGAUGGAGAUAGGUUGUCGAAGGCAUCGCAUAGUUCCUCGACGAGUAGAAUGCAAUCGACUAGAAGCACCAGUAAGCAAUCGGUGGGGUCCUCUCAGUUCAAGACUGUCAAGCAGAGUCUCGCACCCUCGACGUCCAAGACCGGCCUGGUCAAGACUUCUUCGUCCAGCCAGUCGACAAAAGUGAGCACAAGCUCCAAGACGAGGAGCGAAAAGCCCGCUAAAUUGAGCGACGACAGCACAGUGAAGAGGCGGAAAUCCAGAGAAGCGGGGUAUUCGGAGAAGAGAGGUCUCAGCACGAUAUACGUGCCGAAGUCGACAACGAGCAAGUUGAAUGCUAAACUCAACGAGAAGACCGGAUCUCGCGCGACGAGAGACAAGGGGAAAUUGCCAGAUGCUCCUGCACCCGAUAGAACCAAAGCGCGAAUGUCGUCCAGAGAACGCAGGAAGUCCAGGACGCUGAGCCCAAGCGAGAUUAGGAUGCUGCACAGCGUUACGAGGCAACCUGGCAGCACAGAACAGAGCAAAGGGAGAGACAAGAACAGUCGUCCAAACGCGCAAGCGGACUCGGGUGAGGCAGACUACGAAUAUGAGGACGAUUUUGAGGAUUACGAGUCCGACUUUCAAGAAUGCACCGACAGCGAGACUUCGCCGAUCAGCGAGAGGUCGGAUAGCAGCGACAGCAAUUCCCAUCCGGAGCCGAUCCAGCUGCAGACACGGGAGAAGAAGAGCGUAGUGAGCAGCACGGAGCACGCGAAGGUCGAAGAGGAGCGCAUGCUGGACUCGGGGCACUACGAUCUCGCGGAGGCGAGGAAGCGGGCGGCGCGGGUGGAAUCUAUGUUCGCAAAUCACUCGAACACACCGCCGUUGCCCGAGCUGAGAGAGCCGGUCGGCAAAACGUUUAGCGAUGACAGACCGGCGGAGAACAAAUCCUUGCCGUCGUCCACCGACGAGGGCUUCGAGGACAGCCGCUCCGGAGAUUUUACCAAAUCUCCGCCACUUUCGCAGAUACCGUUUAUCGACUUCCGCAAGUCGAAGGAGAACCGACGCGAAGAGAACUCGCGUAAGCAUCGAAGCAGGGGCGAGGAACUGUUGGAAAUGAUCAAACUGGAUUUCAUGGAAUGGUCGAUUCUGGAGUGCAGCCCCGUGCCUUACGACGAGUUCAUAAGAAAUUACGGGAGGCUGAACACUCAACAAAUAUUUACUCAGACCGGCGACGACAACAUAGACAUUGAGAUACAGACGGACGAGGUGUUUCACAGGAACAAAUGGACGCAAUUUCCCGUAACUUGUAGGAACGAAUUGCGCGAUAAUCAGGACGUAAACCUGUUCAAAUUGGAACAAAUCGGCGUAGGGAGCGACCUGGAGGACACAGAGGAUGCAAACUUUCCCUUACGGCCGUCGUACGACGUAUUGCGUCUGAACGACUUUCUGAAUCGCGCCGGCACGGUCGUUCUGUCUCUACUGGAAGAAAGAGAACACGGUGGCAACGUUUUCCAAAACGACGUGGAUGAAUUACCGUUCAGCGAAGGCUUUGUCAAGCUCUCCGUGAACACGGUGACGUUCUUGGCCAGCAGAGCGGUGAGGAUCAUACAUUAUUCGGAGGUUCUGAGCAAAGUUCUGCUCACCGUACACUCUCCCGUGGAAGAGGAGAUAGAAACCGCCAGUAAGCAGGAUUACAUCACCGACUGUUGCAUCGGAUGCGUCUGGAACAUCUCGGAGCCGUCAAUGCCGAAGAAACUGUUCUACUCGCAGUGCCCCAUCACUGCUUGCUGCUUUCAUUUGACGAAUUACAACGUGGUGUUCGCCGGUCUCGAGGACGGGUCGUUGAGUCUCUGGGAUCUCAAAGAGGACGAGAUGUGGCAUCAGAAGGUCACGGACAAGGCGAACGAAUUGGACUGGGUGAUAAGAACGCCGACCCACACGACCACGGCGGAGUCGGAGGACACGCACACGUCGCCGAUCGUCGCCAUACGCGUGCUUUCCAAGAUCGAGACCGCCUCUGCGAAAGGAGGAGGCAGCGGCAAGUUCGUCCCUAUUCAGAUAUGUAGCUUAGACGAGGACGGUUGUCUCGUAGUGUGGAGUAUCGUGCAUAACAUGGGUAUAAGUAUCGACGACUUGGGACUGUCUCACUGGGGCGACAUAAGACUCAUAAAGAAUCAGAAAACGUCCCUGACGAAGGGGGAGAACGCGAAAACAACGAACGCGUUCCUCGACAUGCAUGUGGACAGUGCGGACACGAAUAACGUUUACGUCGCGACUAACAGCACCGACGUUAUGCAUGCCACUUGUAUCGGCAACCGAACGAACCCUUUAACGUACAAGCCAGCCGAGAUAAGUGACUGCGGCAAUUCAACGUGCAUCGACGUCUGUCCUUUCGGCCAGUCGUUCUUUUUGGUCGGCUGCGACGACGGGACGAUUCGACUUCAUUUCUUGAACGUGGAAAGGCCGAUCGUGCAAUUGAAGAGCGAGCAGUACACGAACAGGAUCAAGGUUCUGCAAUGGUCGAAGACGAAACCGUUAACCGUAUAUGUUCUGGACGAUAAGUCGCGAAUUCACGUGUGGGACUUGAGCGAGAGCGACGUCUGCCCUGUACAUACAUUCCCGAUGCAAAAGUGGGGAAAGAUAAGCAGCAUGCAGCUGUCCCCCUGCACUAUGGAUCAAGAUAUGGCGAAUCAGUACUUGGUCCUCGGGAUGGAGUCUGGCGACGUGGAGGUGCACAAGUUGAGGAAAGAUUUUUACUACUCGAGGAGGGAGGAUUUCUUGCAAGAACUGAACGUAUUUUCACGAUAUGUGUCGGUUUCCUAAACAAGAAGGUCGUUACAUAAGUCGAUAAUGGGAAGUGAAUUAUAUAAUUAACUACACCGAUAGUAGAUCUCUCGUAGAGUCGCAUAAUAGUUCCAUUAUGGGAUUGCGAACACGAAUUUCCUACUUCCAAUCUACACGUGCACUCGCAAAGCAAAUAAGUUGGACGUUGGGUCGGGCAAGUAUCGUUUCAGUGCAAGGUGACUCGUUGCGUUUUUUCACGGACGUUCGACAACGGGGGACAAUCUCUUCUGACCGGUAUUAUAGUUUGUAACAUUUGCGAAACGACACGUACAACAGUGGUCGCGUCUCUGAUUAUUUCGAACAUGAGAGUACAAUUUUUCGAGUCGUGUAAUCGAUACACGCUCACAAGCCGUUGUUGAUUUUGUAUACUGUACAAACACGCGACGAUUGAGAUUUUUGCACACUUAUUCGUACGUGUAAUCAAUAGGAGAAAGGUUGACAGCACCUUUACCUCGAUGCAUUUGAUAACGCAUCCGGUAUCCAACAGAAAGCUUUAUCUCCUGAAGAGAGAAAUACUAAAAUAACAAAUCAAUAAAAAAAUUAUAGAAAAAUUACAAAAUUUACAAUUAUAGAAGAAAUCACAGAAUUACUAAGAAACAAAUUUUCUCUCUUGGCAUAAAGAUGUGUUGUAAAAUCCAUUGAAAAAGAAGCGUCACAACCUUUCUUCCGCUCAAUAUAUAUAUAUAUAUAUAUAUAUAUACAUACAUACAUAUAUACAUAUAUAUACAUAAUAUAUAUAGAUCUUUCUAUCGCGUUCCGUCCGAGAAGAUAAACGCCGUCCAUGUAGAUAGAUAGCAUUUCUAACACAUUUAUACGUACAUUUAUAUAGUGUAUUGUAUAAAAUAUAUAUCGUGUUUAAGGAAGAAUAUUGAGAAGAGUAUAAACGGAACGAUAGGAUUGUAUAGCUGAAAUAUACAUAAAUUUUAUACACAGCCCAC